CUUGUUAGCACAGCGGAACGUCAAGAAAGCCGGCAGCAAUAGCCGUUUAUUUACAAAAAUAAAUACAAACCGUUUCGUACAUGGAAUCCCGUACUUUAAUUCCAACAGCAUGAAGUUCCGUGCAGUUAUGAACGAUGGCAUCAACAUUAAAGAGUUUCUCAACGUUAUCAGCACCUUCUCGCGUAUGCAGAAGAAUCUCAUCAUCAACGUGCAGCCGGGCAAGCUAAUUCUACAGAUCGAAUCCGAAGCGUACGAUGGACAGUAUCUGUGGUGCGAGAUCGAUGCGUCUCUGCGGGACGGUUUCUUCUCCGAGUACAUCAUGGACGGUAUCGACAGUGAGCACAACCAGAUCUACAUGACCUGCCUGGCGGCCAGCUUUCUGCGGGCGCUUUCCUACGUGCGAAACAAUCCGGUCGACUACAUCAAGCUGAAGCUCAUCAAAACGCACAUGCCCUGUCUGGCGGUCGAAAUGUCCGCUACGAUCAGCAACGAUCAGGACGUCCUGACGCCCAAGAUACAGCAUGCCAUUCCCGUCACGGUGGUACCGCGCAGCGAGUGGAAUCAGUACGAAAUUCCGCACGAAGUCGAGUAUGACCUGUCGAUCGCUAUGCCAUCGGCGAAAUCGUUGCGCACGUUGCUGGAUAAGAAGAAAAAUCUCGCUCCAACAGUGACGCUGUACGCCACACUAAACGACGAGCUAUCGCUAGUGGUAGAAACGGAAGUGGUGACCGUGGCGAGCCAUUACCGCAAUCUCAAGUGCGUUCCCGCACGCAAACUAACGGGCGACCACGAGCCACAGGACCAACCAACGAACCUGUCCGAGGCAAGCUGUCGAGUAGAUACGAAGAAGCUUGCGACACUGUUUGAGACGAUCAAUUUUUACGAUAUGAUAAUGACGGCGAAUCUUCGGCACGAACAAGCGCUCAACAUUCGCUUCGACAUGCGACAGAAUGCGUUUGUAAACUACAUAUUACCGGCUACGAAUUUUGAAUAAAUUGUGAAGGAGAGAUGUUAUAGAAAAUUCUCAA